AUGUCGACCCUCACUGGUGCACAUGUUUGUUUAGUGAUAUUCUCCGAGGCCGGGAAACCCUACUCUUUCGGCAGUCCCUCUAUUGAAUCUGUAGACGGCCGAGUCUUGCCGGAGCUACAAAACCAAAACCAAAUUAGUGAUGAUGCCCGGGCUGCACUUGAGGCUAAUCGUCAGGCAAGAGUCGACGGUAUCCUCAGGAUACACAACGACUUAGAAAGCAAGCUGAAAGAAGACAGAGAUCGAGCAAAGGAGCUUCGGAAAAGAGAAAGGGCUAGAACAAGCAAAGAUCAGGGCGGCCCUUGCUGGUGGGAGAAACCUAUGGAGGGACUUGAGUUGGCGGAACUCAAACAGAUGCAUUCUUCAUUUGAACGUCUCCAGAAUUAUCUAUCCUCCUAUCUCACCGCCUCUGCUGGUGGCUCCUCAUCUGGCGGCGCAACCGGUAUCCCUCCUGGUACAUUGCCUGCACGCUUCGGAUUGGAGUAG